AUGGGUUCCAAGAAAGUUAUAGUUGAUGAAGUACCAAAACUAAGUCUUAAAGAAAAGGACACAGAAGAGAAAUCCUCUUCCUCCUCUUCUUCCUCCUCUUCUUCCUCCUCUUCGAGUAGCAGUGAUUCUGAAUCUAGCUCAUCAUCCUCAGCAUCUAGUUCGAGCUCAGGCUCAAGUUCCAGUGACUCGGAUUCUUCCAGUGAAUCUGACUCCAGUUCCAGUGGAUCUUCCUCUUCUAGCUCCAGCUCCAGCUCCAGCUCUAGUUCUAGUUCUAGUUCAAGUGAAUCUUCUUCAGAAUCCGAGGCAGAAAAUGAAACUAAGAAGAGAGCAAUAGAAUCUGAUAAUGAAGACGCUAAGAAAACUAAGAAAGCAAAGACUCAACCGGAAACUUCCAGCAAGUCAUCUUCAUCCUCCUCCGAAUCUGAUUCGGAUUCUGAUUCAAGCUCUAGUUCCAGCAGUUCUUCUUCUUCUGAUUCUGAUUCUGAUUCUGAAUCCAGCUCUAGUUCUAGCUCUAGUUCCAACAGUUCUUCUUCAUCUGACUCUUCCGAUUCAGAUUCUAGUUCCAGCAGUUCUUCUUCAUCUGACUCUUCCGAUUCAGAUUCUAGUUCCAGCAGUUCUUCUUCAUCUGACUCUUCCGAUUCAGAUUCUAGUUCCAGCAGUUCUUCUUCAUCUGACUCUUCCGAUUCAGAUUCUAGUUCCAGCAGUUCUUCUUCGUCUGAUUCAGAAUCUAGCUCCAGCUCUAGCUCUAGCGACUCUUCAUCUGAUUCUGACUCAGAUUCUUCAACUUCUAACUCCGACUCAAGUUCCAGCGAUUCCACAUCUUCAUCUGACUCUUCCGAUUCAGAUUCUAGUUCUGAACCGGAAGCCGGAAAGGCAUCUGCAGUCGAGUCCGAUGCCGAAGAAACACCUGCUUCUUCUAACGAGCCAACUCCAUCAGCAUCCGAAUCGUCCAGUGCUAGUAAAUUGAACAUUCCGGCCGGAAAUGAUGAAAUUAAAGAUGGUCAAAGAAAGCAUUUUUCCAGAGUAGAAAGAUCGAAGAUCAAUUUUGAAGCUUGGGAGUUAACAGACAACACUUACAAAGGUGCUGCUGGAACAUGGGGUGAAAUGGCAAAUGAAAAAUUAGGUAGAGUAAGAGGUAAAGAUUUUACUAAAAAUAAAAAUAAAAUGAAGAGGGGUUCUUAUAGGGGUGGUUCAAUCACUUUGGAAAGUGGUUCAUACAAAUUCCAAGAUUGA